CGGAGCUUUCGAAUUAUUUCGACUUGCUCAAGCAAGACAGAGCAUCAAACCCCCUACCACGUUUCCGCCCGUCUACAUACAAUGCGAUAACCAAAGGUCAGAUCUGCCCAGCAAGCCUAAUUGAAAUCUUUCUCCUCUUCUAUCAGCUUCCCACCACCUCCCUGUCCGCGAUGGGCCGCCUGGACCUCACGGCGAUCAACGUCCGCAAAACAGUCCUCCAGAACAUCGCAUCCGGCAGAAUAUCAACGACGCCGAUCUGGACGGACGUCGUUCGCGACGUCCCUCCGGCACAGAUACUGAUCCGGCAACAACCUCAAAAACACCGAUUGACGAGAGUCCGCACGCGAACGCUGCCCAACGGGAGGACCGAGCAAUACGCACAAGUGACGGAACCGAAAAAGGCCAGGUCGACCAAGACGCAAAAUUUGUUUACGCCGCGACACCUCCGGUACGAGGAAGAUGAACUACGAAAAAGCUUCUUCAACGACCACCCUUGGGAGCUGGCCCGGCCGCGGGUCGUACUGGAAACGUCCGGGGACCAGUACAGGAAUGCGGACUGGUCGAAGGGGGUCCAGCAGCCGGGGAUAGCACUGUCGGGAGAGUCGGUGGUCCAGAGGCAGCUCUGGUUGCUCGAGAACGUGCCCGACAUCACCGUCCCUCAGGCCUACGACGUUGCCCGAAAAGAGUUUUACGCCCUGCGACGGUCGGAGGAGAUUAGGAACAGAAUCGCGGCGGAAGAGGCGAGACACAUGGGCGCCAGGUUCGGCAAGUCCGCCAUCCAGGUCAGCAUGGGCAUCGAGAACGACAUGUACAACGACUGGGACGCGUGGGCGCGGCAGAUGGUCAACGAGCAGACUCAACGUCUGGCGGCCUUUUCGGGGACCGUCAUGGCCUCGGAGGAGGACGCAUUGAGAGACGUCAACAAGGCUGAAGAACAACGUCCUCCAGCGGCACCGAUCGGCGCCGGUGUGUUUGCUCAACAACAGAAAACGGACGCCAGGGCGCAAAGGAACGAUGCUGCAUGAUUCCUGGAGGUACAUUUUUGGCCUGCCCAAUCAAGUUUGGGGCUACAAUUGUACUGCGUAAAUGUGUAUUCAAACAACUAAAGCUCCAAGGAGGACGGGCAUUUCAAUAUGAGAGCUUGUUUUAUUAUGAUACCAAAAACGAAACCUGGACACUUUUGACAUUAUCCUCCCCUCAUAAAAGAAGUCCGUGUUGCGUGAAAAGGAGAAAAUAAAACAAGGUCUCUGAGACACCGAUUUCUAUCUCUAUUUGUGUUACAACGUAGUAACAAUUUACAUAGACCCAGUUGUCGUGUCAAGGAAAAUUUAUUCGAGCAACUUUUGAAUCCUAGAAAUCUGUUCCUCGACGCUCUUUUUGCUCGUCCCACCCAGGACCGUCCUCUUCUCGACGCUGGCCUCGUAGUUGAAGGCGCCCAUGACGUCGUCGCCGAACCUGGGGUCGACGCCCUGCAGCUGUUUCAGACUCAGUCGGUCCAUGGGCUUGCCCUCCUU